AUGGGGAGGAAGAUUGAUUUGAAGAAGAUAGAGAAUUCAUCGAAAUGUCACGUGACCUUCACAAAGAGAAGAAACAGUCUUAUUAAAAAAUCCUACGAGAUCUCUGUUUACUGUGGAGUAGAUGUUUUGUUCCUCACUUUCUCACCUUCUGGUCGAGUCACUCACUACUGUAGCCGACAAAGGAUGGAAGAUGUGCUGCAACGCUAUAUCAAUAUGCCGUCUGACAAAAAGCACCAGGGAAGCUUCAGAAGCUUCAGCAACUUGACCACAUUAGGGGUGACCACAAUAAGUUGCACUACCUCAAACCUUGAGCUACAAAUUAAGAAGGCUAAUGUGGAACUUGAGAUCACUGAGGCCAAUCUCAAGGAGUAUGAGCCCGAGAAAGAGAACAAGUCUUCAAUGACCCAACUCAUGUGGUGUGAGAAAAAUCUGAAAAAUACUCUGAAUCGAAUCACAAACAGAAAACAAGAUUUGUUGCUUGCGAAGCUGUCAUCCUCAAACGGGCAUUUCUCGAUCGUGGGGAAUCUAGAGAAGAGACAAGUUGAGGCACCGUUGUUUUCCAACAACUCAAGUGGGAAUAAUACUGACCAGCUGAUGAUGAACGUUGAUGAACAAAACCUUAUAAGCAACUCAAGUGGGAACAGUAUUGAUCAGUUGAUGAUGAACCUGUAUGAUCAAAACCUUAUAAGCAACUCCUCAACUGGGAAUAAUAUUGAUCAGCUGAUGAUGGACCUGGAUGAUGAUCUGCUCAUGAAUAUCCAAGAUGAUUCCUUCAUCAAUAAUUCCAGUCCCUUGAGGAGACAAGUUGCAGAACUUGAAGGUGAUGAUAUUAAUGGAAUUGGCAACCAAAACGGUGUCGUUCCUCCUCAAGCCUUCACUUCUACCGAGCAGCAUCCCUUAUCUUCCUCAUCUCCAGCUCUGCAGUCACUUCAACCAAGUAAUGGUUUCUUCAAUGUCCCAUCUGAUAAUCAGGUACCAGUGGGAGUAGUAAUUGAUGAGACACCAUACACAAUAGACCAACAGUUUCAAACAGAGGCAUCUGAAUUCAACUGGGAAAUGCGUGAGAUAGGAGACAAGGAGGUAUGGGGUUUUGGAGGAAACAAUGUGGAGGAUAAUCAGCAAUGUCAUGACAACAUGUUUGACUGA